UCCACAGAUUCGUAUGGUCAACGGCUACCCUACGUUUCUCUCCACCCCCCUUAGCCUUUGCUUUGCCUCAUUGCCUCCCCCUACCUCUCUCUAAGCCCAUAUAUACUCUCUCUUUUAUUGCUUCUACUAUUAUCUUUUCAUAUAUCUACUUUUAGCACUUGCCCAAACCAUCAUUGUUUUGCUCUUCUUCUGCUGGGUUUUAUCUCUCUCGAAUAUUGCAAUUUGUUUUGGCAACUAGGUGACUCAGAGUUUUCAAAUUUAACAUUAUCUCGCAUGAAAGUUUGUUUUUUUGUGAGGAUUGGGAGUUGGUGGCAUUUGUAGUUUGUCAAUGAGCGCUUUGGAUGAGGGACAUUUCAAUGCAGAACUUGAGAAUGGAGUGAAACUUAAUUGCCUUGGUCUGGGAAUUCAGGACCAACCAGAGACUGUAGCUAUCGAGGAUGCUGUGAAAGUUCUGUUGCAAGGUCUUGGUGAGGAUAUUAAUAGAGAAGGCCUUAAAAAGACCCCACUUCGCGUUGCCAAAGCGCUUCGAGAAGGAACCAAAGGUUAUAAACAAAGGGUAAAGGAAAUUGUGCAAGGUGCUUUGUUUCCGGAAGUUGGUUUGGAUGAUGAAGUUGGUCAGGCAGGAGGAGCAGGCGGGCUUGUGAUUGUUCGGGAUCUUGACCUGUUUUCAUACUGCGAAUCUUGCUUGCUUCCUUUCCAGGUUAAGUGUCAAAUAGGUUAUGUCCCAUCUGGUCAGAGGGUUGUAGGAUUAAGCAAACUCUCUAGAGUUGCUGAUGUGUUUGCCAAACGACUCCAAGACCCACAGCGUUUGGCGGAUGAAAUCUGCUCAGCUCUGCAUCACGGCGUCAUGCCAGCCGGUGUUGCCGUAGUACUCCAAUGUUUACAUAUCCAGUUCCCAAAUAUAGAGUCACUUUUUCUUGACUCCAAUCACCAAGGAUGGGUUAAGGCAGUGGUCCAUUCAGGUUCAGGUGUUUUUGAAAAUGAAUUAGCUGAUGUUUGGGGUGAUUUCUUAAGUCUCCUGAAGUUCAGAGGUAUAAACUUGGAUAAAACUCAGAUGAAAGACUCUGUGCAGCAGUGUUGGUGUCCAUCCCGAUAUUCCUCAAGCGCUAAAGUUAUUGGGCCACCCAACCGAGGAAUGGUUACAGCAGUUACUUCAAUUCUCAGCUCUUUGGGUGAAGACCCAUUACGGAAAGAGCUUGUUGGAACUCCCAGUCGUUUUGUCAAGUGGUUGAUGAACUUCCAAAGCCCAAAUCUGGAGAUGAAGCUGAAUGGCGUUGCUUGUGGCAGGAUGGAUCCUCUUAAACAAAACGGGGAAGUCAGCCAUAAUAAACAACAGAUAUAUACUGAGCUGUGUCUAUCAUUCUGGUCCCAGUGCGAGCAUCAUUUACUUCCCUUUUAUGGUGUUGUGCAUAUUGGGUACUACUGUGCUGAAGAAACCACCCCUCUCAGCAAAUCUCUUUUACAGUCGAUAGUACAUUUUUAUGGUUUCAAGCUCCAAGUACAGGAAAGACUAACCAGGCAGAUUGCCGAGACUGUUUCUUCAUUGUUAGGUGGAGAUGUGAUGGUUGUUGUAGAGGCUAACCAUACAUGUAUGAUUUCCAGAGGUAUUGAGAAAUUUGGAAGCAGUACAGCUACAAUUGCUGUGCUUGGUCGUUUUUCGACCGACCCAGCAGCAAGGGCCAUGUUUUUGAAGAACAUCCCAAAUCCUGCUUCUGGAGGAUCAUGAUUCUAAUUCAAACCUUGCUAUUCUGGUCUUUGCAAGUGGUUUGAGUUAAUCUCUACGCCUUUCCUGGUUGCAUAUUUCUUUUGCAGUGAGAGAUAUAGGUUGCGGCAGAUCCUUCCAUGGACGACUGAGCGCGUCCUGAAGAGCUUGCCCGAGUUCUCUUUCCCCUCCCUUCUUUCACCAUCUCCAGUAGCAUAAAACCCCUAGAAAGAAAUUAUAAUGGUCUGUCAUAUUUCAUGAUUACUUUUUUGGCAUAAUUUUCCUGUCAAACUUGUGGCUGAAAUUUAGCAAAUUCAAAAACAGCAUACCAGUUCAUCCCAAGAAAAAGAAAUAGAAAAAUAAGAUUGUUUUUUUUAUGCAA